AUGGCUGUUUUGACAGUAGUUAUUGGUGUUGUUUUGGGACUUUGCCUCUUGAGCACUUUCCUUUUGAGAUGGAAUGAGAUGAAGUACAAGAAGAAAGGCCUACCUCCUGGUACCAUGGGUUGGCCACUUUUUGGUGAGACCACAGACUUCCUCAAACAAGGCCCCAGUUUCAUGAAGAACCAGAGAGCAAGGUAUGGAAGUGUGUUCAAAUCACAUAUAUUAGGAUGCCCAACCAUUGUUUCAAUGGAUCCAGAGCUGAAUAGAUAUAUUCUCAUGAAUGAAUCCAAAGGGAUUCUUCCUGGAUACCCACAAUCCAUGCUUGAUAUCUUGGGCAAAUCCAACAUUGCAGCUGUUCAUGGUCCUGCUCACAAGAACAUGAGAGGUGCUUUACUAUCACUUGUUAGUCCCACCAUCAUCAAAGACAAAAUCCUCCCAAAAAUUGAUGAUUUCAUGAGAUCCCAUCUCUCUAACUGGAGUCAUCAAGUCAUUGACAUCCAAGAAAAGACCAAAGAGAUGGCUCUUCUUUCAUCACUCAAACAAAUUUCUGGGAUUGAAUCUUGCUCAUUAUCUAAAGAAUUCAUGCCUGAAUUCUGUAAACUGGUUUUGGGAACACUUUCACUUCCAAUUAACCUCCCAAACACAAGCUAUCAUCGCGGGUUACAGGCAAGGAAGAACAUAGUGAGAAUGCUGGGAGAAUUGAUCGAUGAAAGACGAAAAUCUCAAGAAACCCAUGAAGAUAUGCUGAGUUUAUUGAUGAGUGGUGUGGAGAACAGAUAUAAAUUGAGCGAUGAAGAGAUAAUCGAUCAAAUCAUCACGAUUUUGUAUUCUGGGUAUGAGACAGUUUCGACUACUUCGAUGAUGGCUGUCAAAUACCUCCAUGAUCAUCCAAGAGUUCUUGAAGAACUCAGAAAAGAACAUUUGGGAAUCAGAGUGAGAAAAAUGGCAGAGGACCCACUUGAUUGGGAUGACUACAAGUCCAUGAAGUUCACUCGUGCGGUGAUCUUUGAGACCUCCAGAUUGGCAACCAUUGUUAAUGGAGUUUUGAGGAAAACUACAAAGGAAAUGGAACUCAAUGGAUUCGUCAUUCCAGAAGGAUGGAGGAUAUACGUAUAUACACGAGAGAUAAAUUACGACCCGUGUCUGUAUCCGGAUCCAUAUACUUUCAACCCCUGGAGAUGGCUGGACCGCAACUUGGAGACCCAGAAUUACUUUUUCAUCUUUGGAGGCGGGACGAGACAGUGUCCCGGAAAAGAACUUGGCAUUGCGGAAAUUUCGACUUUCCUUCAUUACUUCGUAACCAGAUACAGAUGGGAAGAAGUUGGAGGAGAUGAACUCAUGAAAUUUCCAAGAGUUGAGGCACCAAAUGGAUUUCAUAUUAGGGUUUCUAAUUUAAAUAAAUAAAUAAAUAAAUAAUAAAUAAAAAUUGUAUAAAUGAUUGAUAGUAGUAGAUUAUGACACAUUAAUUAGAUAUUGUACAAAAUAAUUUUCUAACAAAAUAUAGA